GAUGCAGGCCGAGCCGACAGGUGGCAGCACGGCCCCGCAGCGCGGGCACGGCGCUCCGCAGGGCCUGCCCGAAUCCACCCCGCCCCCCAAGCCCACCUCUCGGGCUGGGAAGCGGCAAGGAGAAGCUGAUUGCAGCCUUCCCUCUAGGCCGGUGAAUCUUACAAUCGUUGCAAGCACAUCGCUUUCGUUGGAGGAGACCUUAGAGAUCAUACAGUUCCAACCGCCUGCCGUGGGCUGGCUGCCCCUCACCAGCUCAGCCUGCCCAGGGCCCCAUGCUGGGCAAUGGGCAGCACUGCCAGGGCCUCGCUGCCCUCUGAGUAAAAAAUUUCCUCCAGCAUCUAACAUAAAUUACCCCUUUUAGUCGAAAGCUGUCCUAUUCUCCCUUGUCCUGUCACGGUUAGACCAUGGUCUCCCUGGAGCCUUCUCUUCUCCAUGCUGAACAAGCCCAGCUCUCUCAGCCCUUCAUUGCAGCAGAGGUGCUCCAGCCCUCCGAGCUUCUUUGUGGACUCCCCCACAGCCCCACAACAGCCCCACAUCCCUCCAGCACUUCACCCCAGGCUGCAUGUAGAACUGCAGUUAGGGCACCAGGACCUGCAGUCCUUCUCCACAGGGCUGUUCUCCUACUCUGUACACAUACUUGGGAUUGCCCCAACCCAAGCGCAGCACCCUGCACCGGGCCGUGAUGAACCUCAUUUGGGUCACACACACCCGCUAAUCAAGCCCACCCAGGUCUCUCUGGAUGGCGUCCCUUCCUUCUGCCAUCUCAACUGCACCCCUCAGCUUGCUGCCGUCAGCAAAGUGCCGAGUGUUCUCUCAGUCCCACUGCCUAUGUGAUUGAUAAGGAUAUAAAAGAACAUCCAUCUCAAGAUGGACUCCUGGGGCACACCACUGGUCACCAGCCCUACGUCACAGUACCACAGUGUUUCCACAUCCAGGCAGAUGAGCAACACUCAAGAUUUUAAAUGCUGUUAAUCUACCCUACAUGUCUGGCAAGCACAUUUCCUCUGCCUACACGGCUGAGCAGAGGUCCCACGGUGGAUCAGCAUGAUGCUUUGGCUUUCCUUGCACAGCAGGCAGUGGGCGAUGGGGGCAGCCCCCACCAUGCCCAGCACAGCCCCCCACGCUGGUAGCGAGAAGCCGGGCAGGGGGGGGGGGGGACGUGGGCAGGGUGGGGCCGUGCAGCCCCACUGUGACAUGGGCUGAAGUCACAGUGGGGCACCGCACCCCACCCUGAUCCCUGCCCUGUCCACAGCGCCCAGCUCACACUUCCCCCAGAGGCGGAGGUGAACCCAGACGCGAGUUGCUGCUCUCGCCAGCGCUCUUCUCUCGGCAGCUGCUCUGCAGCAAAGAGGCGAAGGCAAAGGCAGGCAGUGCGAUAGUGCUGGGUCUGUUUGGAGACGUGCAGGAGCUUGGAGGAGUGCAGGAGCUUGGUGAUCACAAGCCCGACGCUCUUCAUCUAAGCCCACAAAGGGCCAACUGUUGGCAAAAUGCCUCAGAAGAGGAUCUUUUUGUCCCCAAGUUUUUUGCCCAAGGAUGAGGUGCCGGAAUUUCUACUGGCGGAUCUCGCUGAACAACAAGAGGCUCAAGAACGCCAGUUCCUUCGUGGCCACUUUCCACCCCUGCGGACGAGUGACCUCGACCUGCUGGCAGAAGAGGAGACUGCAGAGGUGUCUGUAAGUGUGCUGCCGCCUAUGGGAAAGAGCUGGGCACAGAGUCGCCUGGAGAUCGAGCGGGAGGGAGUGGUCAGGCUCCCUCCCCUGCGCGCACGGCUGGGAAGAUCACUGGCCAGGCAGCAGUUCAGAGCACCCCAAGUCCAGCAGCGCUUCCCCCCACUGAAGAACACCCCCCAGGAGGGGGAGAAAGCGCAGCCAGGAAAAAUCUCCAGCAAGGAGACAAGCAAAGAGAUUGCUUCCCACCUUCGUCAAGCAGAGAAUGGGAGGACAAUGGCCCCAGCAGCAGAGAUGGCAGUGCCCACUGUCCAGUCACUACGGGCAAGACAGGUCCUGGGAACCUUGGAGUCCUACAAGGUGUGCCGGGAAGGAUGGAGGAAGAAGGUGGAGGAAAACAGGCUCCUUCCUGCCAGACCCAAGGAGCGCCUCUGCUUUGUGAAGAAGAUGGAGCUCCAGGAGGCCAGAGAAAAACACAAGAACAUGUGAGAGCACACCACGGGCUCACAGUUCGGCCAAUUUCUACCGCACCCACUCACACCAUGGCAGUAAACAACGAAGCCCCAGGAUUGACAGCAGUGGGGCUGAGAGGAGGCACAUUGAUACAGGAGCUGCCUCCCUUGUUACCACCAUUGUCUCUGCUGGAACAGCAAAGCAGAGCCAUUCUUAGUACAAGAAGUGCCAAAUAAACAUCCUUGGAACUUCUUUGAAGCUGGGGAGUCAUCUUUCUUUGUCUUACGGCGUGUUCUCCUGCAGGGCGUUGGAAAGGGCGGUCUGCUAGGUCCUGUGAGGAUAGUACUAAACUAGGAGGAACUGCUGACUCCCUGGAGGGAAGCUUGGCCUCGGAGAGAAAUCUUUACGGAUCAGAGAGCCUGGCAAUCUCCAACCACAUGAACUUGUAACAAGUGCCGGUGCUGAGUUCUUCCCCUAGGAUGGUGGAACCCUGGCUCUGUGUACAGACUGUGGGAUGAGAGGCUGGAGAGUGGCACCUCAGGAAGGGAUGUGGGGGCUCUGAUGACAGCAAGUCCCUUGGGUUCCAUAGCCCAGCGCAGAGGAGGUGGAGGGAAGGCCCCAUGGCAGUCUGCAGCUCCUUCCCAGGACAGCAGAGGGGCAGAGCUGAGCCGUCCUUUAGGAAAAUCUGCACUAACGUGGGUAUUUCAUGUGUUGUACCUUCUUCAAGAAUACCCAUCUAUCUGGCACAGAUCCUCCAUGGGCUAUAGAGGAUACCUGCACUGCCAUGCAUCACUUCCUCCAAGUAGGAUUUCUGGCCUCCUCUCUCCAUGUGGCAUUUUCUGCCCUCAAAUGUUUUCACAGAGGUAUUACCAGCUUCACAGCCAGGUUCAGCUGUUGGCUUGGGCUUUGGGCAUUGUGGAACCAGCUCAGGGCAAGCCCUAUGGACUACAGAAAACACCUUUGUAGCCCCUCACAACCAAAACCUUUCUGCAUAUUCCCAUUAGAACAUGGCGCAUUACAUUCCCCACAUUUAGGUAGGGAAAUGAGAGGGGAACUCAACAAGGAGAAGACUGAGACUCUGGAAGAAAGAAACGCGUGAGGGUCCAGCAGGAUGCUGCGGAUGGGAAGGAGCUAUGGGGGAUGUGCUUUAUCAUGGUGCAGUCCAUGCAGAUUCUUUGCAUAGAUCUGUACUGCAGUUCAAGAGCUGGAGAGGCCUAAAAAGCCAUUGGACAGCAGUUUGAUGUAAGUCAUUCCCUAAGAUCUGAAUGCUCUCCUGGGUGCUUCCAGGUCAAAGCUAUUUAUGGACUGACCUUCAAAGCCUGGGGCCGUGUCAAUUUGUUGUAACAGGUACUCUGAAAGAAAAUCUUCUGUGAGCAGUCAAGUAUGUGCAGGGUACAUUUGAGAGGCCGCAGGAAGGAAAAUUGCUCUUUGCCAUUCUAGUUGCUGUUCUCGGGGUCAGAAGGAUGCUCUUAGAGAGCAGCCCAUGGCAGGGACUGCUCUAAGAAGCCAGAAAAUGGAGGAUCCAGGACUAUGGCACAGGGUGAGACUGAUGAGAAGAGGAUGAGGUAAACGGGCAAGAAGGUUCCUGAGGUGUGAAAGGAAAUCCAUGCUCUAGGAAUGAGCAGCUACCGCGUACAGUCUUCCACUGCCCACAGGUCCAGUGGUUAGCUGGAAUGAGGGCAAAUCUGAAAGACAGGAUUUUCAGCAAGGACAGAGCAGGAACGAGCUUUUGUUUCUUGCAUUCUGCCUCCUUCUAAGGUUUCUUUAAGGGGAGAUCCUUGUCUCAGCCAGUGGUAGGCCACCCAGUUGCUUGUAGGGACUAAAAAAGCUUGAAAGACAAACUUAUGAAAUACUUCUGCAUCAGGAAGCACUGCUGCUUUGUCAUGGCUAAAGGCACGCAGGUCCAUUUCUGUGUUGAGCAGAAGCACAAGGCCAAUGGUUCUCAGAGGAGAGGGGCUCAAGAAAUACGGGAAUAGUGCGUGAAUUACUACAAAUCACAUUGAGAUGGAGAUUGCAAAGUGUUUUUGCUUUUGUUUUUUUUAAUGAUCUCCAGAGGGAAAAAUGAGAGUCAUAGAUUCAUAGAUGGCUGGGGUUGGAAGGGACCUCACUCAUCAUCCCAUUCCAACGUGUAACAUGUAAAGAGCAUGAAUUACCUACAUGUGUACUUUUCUUUGGCUUUGAUGGAAGAUCUCUGCACGUACUGGGAAGGAAGCUGUGAGGAGGCUGAUAGAAGGGAGGGAUGGAAACAGGAGGCCCCAGGAACGGCAAUCAACAAAACAGUGCUGAGUUCCAUCCACUGCAAUUAGUGGGGACAGUUGUUUGCAGCCCUGACCAGCAAAGCUUGGGCAAAAUUCUGGGCCACAGGCACAGAGCAAUAGUGGUUCCACCUGCAUAUUUUGGGCACCAUCAAGAGUCUGGGCAGCCAUCAGACAUACUGAAAUAAGUCAUAGAAUAUCGCGAGUUGGAAGGGACCCUUAAGGAUCAUCAUAGAAUCAUAGAAUUGCUCAGUGUGGAAAAGACCAUAAAGAUCAUCGAGUCCAACCACAACCCAACCAUACUGCCCUAACUCUAACAACCCUCUGCUAAGUCAUGUCAAUUGGAUUUAACUCCAUGGAACACAACUCUUUGGCCCAGCCAUCCAGCCAGUGUUUCCCCAGAUCAAUCGAGUCCAACUCCUCUUGAAGCGACAGUAUUGAAGAGAAUAUCCUGAUAUCCUAUCAACAUCUGAAGAAAACAAUAGGGUGCCAGGACCCACGAGGUUAUUUCCAACAUGGAUUUAGUGCAUAAAUGGAGCAUGACUAUUCCUUCCUCUUCAGAGAGCAUUUAUAAUGUACUUUUACAUGAUAAUGGCAGCGCGUUUCUUACGGCAUUAAACUACUUCUCCCCACCCCUCCACCUCACUUUUCCAGCCCAGUUUUGCACUCUGCUGUGCAGCGUCAGCCCUGAAAUCACCAGUAAUGCUCCCUUUUGGCUGCAGCUCUGGACAGAUGCUGCAUUGCUUGAGGAGGGGUGAAGCACGGCCAAUAAAUAAUCUGUGCUCAGAGAGGCUGAUUGUUGGGAUUAGUGCUUCAGAUGUUCUUAACAUCUGCAGCUUCAGGACAGUCCCAAAUUCAUCAGCACUGGAACCUGGAUGGCAGCAGCAAGGCUGGUAAGAGUUCUCACUGUAGGUUUUUUUUUUGCUGUAGAUGGGAAGGAAUGUAAAAGAGUUUUCGUCCCAUGCUACUAUCCUCCCUCAUCCUGCCUUGCUGUAUCUGUGUUACUAGCAAUGUGGGUUACUCAGUAAUUUAACUAAGAUGAAAAAACCAUCCUUGGACUCGAGCAUUAGAAUUCUUUGGGUCUUCAGUGGUCUAAGUAGUUUGGGGUUUGUGAGAUAUGUCCAAUGUAUGUAUCAGUAAAUCUCUUUCUUUCACCAAGCUCUUAGGGAUGCAGGAAUCAGCUUCUCAGUGAAUCAAGGAAAGUGGUCAGCAAAACUGUGGCUUGAUGGUCAAGACACCUUAUUAUGAUGGAGCUACAUUCAAGAAAAAUCAUGGGCAAAGAGGGCCUUAUACCACUCCUUUCUGUGAGGCCAGGUUGAAUGGGGCCCUGGGCAGCCUGACAGGAGCAGGGGGCAACCAGCCCAUAGCAGGAGGUUGGAAUUGGAUAGGCUUUAAGGCCCCCACCAACCUAAGCUAUUCUAUGAUUCUAUAAUCUCAUCGUAGCUCCAGGAAACAUCUGUCAAUAUAAACUGAAGCCUGCCAUUGUUGCAGUGAUUAAAGAGAACUCAGUGUAUGGGCUUUUCCUCAGUGCCUGCCAAGGCACUAUAAGAGAUUGCUUGUAUAUAAAUAAAUGGUGUCCCAACACCAUUCCCAUCUCUAGCAACAUGGGACUUAGUCUACAAGAACAAGGGCUUCAUGUUUGCUGUGUUGGGUUCAGGCUUGAGAAUGGGUCUGCAGGAAGCUGUAUUGAAGCCAUCCUUGAAGUCUUAAUGAUGUUAUGGAAGAUUCUGGAGCAUGUUGCACCUUCCGAAAUCUAUGUGAUGAAGGCGUGUCAGAUUUGCAACCCAGAACUGCAGUGUAGAACCUCAUCUCAGCAGGGAUGAGAUGCUCCAAAUGCAUCCUUACAGCCACAAAGCCAUGUUCAAGUAUGGAAGUGUCGAUGCAGGUUCUCUUGUUCUGACAAGACUUAGUCACCUGCUGCUGACCUAUUUAAAGUAACCAGAGGGAGGGCAGGGGAGGCCUCUGCCGCCUCAGCCUCCAGCAGCCUGGGAAGGGAGCCCACCCCAGGGCCACCUCUGCCAGGUGGGGCCCAGGGUGCCCACACCGCCUUGUCAGAGCGAGGAAAAAGCUCUGUGUGUGCGCUGCCUGGCAGAGGCCUCACAGCGCCCUCCCUCCGGCCCAUCCCAAUGCUAGGCCCCGCUGUGGAGAUGCAGGCCGAGCCGACAGGUGGCAGCACGGCCCCGCAGCGCGGGCACGGCGCUCCGCAGGGCCUGCCCGAAUCCACCCCGCCCCCCAAGCCCACCUCUCGGGCUGGGAAGCGGCAAGGAGAAGCUGAUUGCAGCCUUCCCUCUAGGCCGGUGAAUCUUACAAUCGUUGCAAGCACAUCGCUUUCGUUGGAGGAGACCUUAGAGAUCCAUCCAUCCCCUCACCAGCUCAGCCUGCUCAGGGCCCCAUGCUGGGCAAUGGGCAGCACUGCCAGGGCCUCGCUGCCCUCUGAGUAAAGAAUUUCCUCCAGCAUCUAACCUAAAUUACCCCUUUUAGUCAAAAGC